AUGGUGAGUGGAAAUAGGAAGGACUGGGCCAUAAAGCUUAACGACGCAUUAUGGGCGUAUCGAACUGCAUACAAGACUCCUAUUGGAACAUCUCCGUAUAAGUGGGUUUAUGGGAAGGCAUACCACUUGCCCGUCGAGCUUGAACACAAAGCCUACUGGGCGAUUAAAAGGCUAAAUAUGGAUAUGGACUUAGCCGGCAAGAAGAGGUUGUUACAGCUCAAUGAGCUUGAUAAGUUUCGAUUGCACGCGUACGAAAAUGCCAAAUUGUACAGAGAAAAGACCAAGAGGUGGCAUGAUAAGCACAUCCAACAUCACGAGUUUGAGUCAGGUCAAGAAGUUCUCUUGUUUAAUUCGAGGUUGAAGCUUUUCCCUAGAAAGCUUAAAUCUUUAUGUGAGGGUCCUUUUAUAGUGGUUAGUGUGAAGCCUCGUGGAGCGGUGGAAUUGCGUGAUACGAGUUUAAGUGGUACAUUCUUCGUAAAUGGGCAGAGAGUAAAACACUAUUGGGGUGGUGACAUUGCACGUCACAAGACCUCGAUGGACUUAGCCGAUGCGUGA